UACGAGCCAGCAUGGCGGCUUGUGUUGGCAGACACGGGGCCACCUUGGGCUCGGCCAUGAGUUUCCCAGUGUCUAGAGUGCUGCUUCCUGGGCUGUCCUCUGUCGCACGUUGGGCCCGCCCGGCGCCGGCGCGGCAGCAGAGCAGUGGGCCUUCCGAGCCCGGCGCCUUCCGGCCGCCGCAGAAACCGGUCAUCGUGGACAAGCGCCAAGCGCCGAGCGAGGACAGGAGAUUCUUGAGUCCUGAAUUCAUUCCUCCAAGGGGAAGAACAGAUCCUCUGAAAUUUCAAGUAGAAAGAAAAGAUAUGUUAGAAAGGAGAAAAGUGCUCCACAUCCCAGAGUUCUAUGUUGGAAGCAUACUACGCGUUACUACAGCUGACCCGUAUGCCCAAGGAAAAAUCAGCCAGUUUCUGGGAAUUUGUAUCCAGAGAUCAGGAAGUGGACUCGGAGCUACUUUUACUCUUAGGAAUACUAUUGAAAGACAAGGUGUUGAGAUUUGCUUUGAUCUGUACAAUCCUCGAAUCCAUGAGAUCCAGGUGGUCAAAUUAGAGAAACGGCUGGAUGACAGCUUGCUGUACUUACGAGAUGCCCUCCCUGAGUAUAGCACUUUCGAUGUGAAUAUGAAGCCAGAGGCACCAGAGUAUGACAAAGAAGUUCCUGUUAAUAAGCUGAAAGUAAAAAUGAAGCCUAAGCCUUGGUCCAAACGUUGGGAGCGCCCAUAUUUUAAUAUUAAAGGAAUCCGAUUUGAUCUGUGUUUAACUGAAGAACAAAUGGAGGAAGCUCGGAAGUGGAGUCAGCCGUGGCUUGAGUAUGACAUGAUGAGGGAAUAUGAUACUUCAAAAAUUCAGGCUGCACUAUGGGAUGAAAUCGAAGCAUCGAAGAAGUCCUGAUUCUGAGAAGCCUCUGGUUACUCCAGGAGGAUGUAUCGUCUUUCAGAGGAUUAAACCAAUGUAAUUUUAUUUAUAAGAACAUAAUCCUUAAAUUAAGCAUUCUUUUUGUAAAUUACUUUUCAGAAAAUAAAAUUUUCAUAGCAGUUUAUUACACA